AAACAGCAAGAUUGUGUUGAGCUAAAAACAGAACCAGAUGAAACUGAGGGGAACUCAAAGACCUUCAAGAAAUGAUUUCUACUCAAGAUAUUCCAUCAGGUACGAUUGACGAAGUCUUCAAACAGCAAGAUUGUGUUGAGCUAAAAACAGAACCAGCUGAAACUGAGGGCGAACUCAAAGACCUUCAAGAAAUGAUUUCUACUCAAGAUAUUCCAUCAGGUACGAUUGACGAAGUCUUCAAACAGCAAGAUUGUGUUGAGCUAAAAACAGAACCAGAUGGACUGGAGGAAAUUAAAGAAACUUUAUCUACUCAUGAUCUGCCAACAGCAUUUAACAUAAUAAAAAGGCGUCUUGAGGAGCAAAAUGAUGCCAAACUGAAUAUCGCUGUGACGGGAGAGUCGGGUUCUGGAAAGUCAACAUUUGUCAAUGGUUUUAGAGGUUUAGGAGAAGAAGACAAGGACUCUGCCCAAACGGGUGUAGUGGAGACCACAAAGAAGCCUGAGGUUUACAUUCACCCACAAUUCAAAAAUGUGAAAGUGUGGGAUCUUCCAGGCAUUGGAACACCAAACUUCAAAGCCCAUGAGUAUCUUGAACAGGUUCAAUUUGAGAAAUAUGAUUUUUUCAUCAUCAUUGCUUCAGAUCGGUUUAAAGAAUGCCAUACUCAGCUGGCUGAGGAGAUCAAGAACACAGGGAAAAGAUUUUAUUUUGUCCGUUCCAAGAUUGACUUCAGCAUUACUGCUGAGAAGAGGAAGAAGAACUUUGACCGGAAAAAGACACUGGAUGCCAUCCGAAAGGACUGUGAAAACGGACUGAGGAAGAUCGGUAUAGAGGAUCCUGUUGUAUUCCUGGUCUCUGGCUGGGAAUUUGGCAAAUAUGACAUAAAUCCGCUGCAGGAGAGGUUGCAGAAAGAGCUUCCAAAGCAUAAGAGACAUAUGCUAAUGUUAGCUUUGCCAAAUAUCACGAUGGAGAUAAACGAAAAAAAGAGAAAAGCUUUAGAGGCAAACAUAGCAAAAGUUGCCUUUGCAUCUGCUGUUGCAGCUGCAGUUCCUCUUCCUGGUCUUUCAGUUGCUGUAGAUUUAGCCAUCAUAACAGGAGAGCUGAGAAAAUACUACAAUGUAUUUAGUCUGGAUGAUGAAUCCCUGGAGAGGCUAUGUGAGAAAUCUGGGAAAACCAUAGAGGAAUUGAAGAGUCUGAUGAAGUCUCCUCUGCAUCAAGAUAUAAACUCAAGUUCAAUAUUAACCAUGCUUGGUUCUGCAUCCCGUCUUAUUUCAGAAGAAUCAGUUAAGUACUUUGUGAGCCUAAUACCCAUCAUUGGCACUGUGACAGCAGGAGGAUUGUCUUACAUGACUGUCUCAAGAAUGCUAAGGAGAGCUCUGGAUGGCUUAGCUGAUGAUGCAAGGAAAGUGCUGAUGGCUUCAGUGCAGACUGAAGAAGACAUGUAAACCGGUCUAUUCAUGAGACAGGUUUAUUCAGCAGCUUUUCUAGCUAAUUGCUUUUAGGUAACCCUAACCCUUUACAGAAAAAGAGAUAAAUUCUUCAUCACAUUGAAUACAGAAGACAACAGACAUUUAUGAUAUACAUUUAUUUUUACUUUUACAUGUACAGCAGACGUAUCUUUUAUUCAAGAUAUCUUAAACAAAAGUCUAAGAUUGAAUGGAAAAAUAUUACUGAACUGAUGAACAGUGGUGGAAAGAGUACUCAAAAUGUGUACUCAAGUACAUGUACUGUUACAUUGCUGAAAUAAUACUCAAUUACAAGUAAAAGUACUGGUGCCAAAACAGUACUUAAGUAAAAGUACAAAGUACUCGUCUCAAAAACUACUCUGAGUACUAGUUACUAGUUACUUUUUAGCUGGUGAUUAUUUAAUGAAAUAAAAAUAAUAAUAAUUCAUAUCAAAGAUCUAUUUGGAUAAUAGCUACUUAGAACAAAAUCCACU